UCCAUUGUUUAUUCGAAUCACCGAAUGAAGAUUCUGUGGAGCCGUUCGUCCCCACAAAAUUCGAGAGCUGCGAAUAUUAAAUAGCGGAUAAAAUCACGCACUCAAGUAAUAAUUAAUACUCCUUGACCAGUGAAAUUGCUGUGGAUUAAUUCUCACGUAAUUCAUUCAUCGAGAAUUACCCGGUGUAGAUGUAGAGGCAUUAAAUAUUUUGGUAGUGCAAAGAUGGCGAGUCCCGGCUGCUCCGCUUUCUCGUCGAACCAACAAUACUGGGCAUUUUGCGGUAUCGACGGAAAAUUGAAGAUAUGGGAGACAGCAACGAGUACAUUGAAACAGGAGUUCGUUCCUAAUUUACAUCUCUCUUCACCGUGCAGUGUUAUAGGAUGGAUAACAGUCGGACAACAAUCAACGACGUCUGUGCAGUCGCCAUGGAGGAAACGAAAGAGGAAAUCCAUAUCAGAAGAUGCAGAACAAAAGGAGAUAAUCGCUCUUGGAUCAGUGAAUGGGAGUGUGACCUUAUACGACAUAGCAUCAGCGUCAGUGAGCAACGUCCUCGCGAAUGGUCACUCAGCUUGCAUCACAGCCCUGACAUGGACCCCAUCCCAUGGGCUGUUCACAGCAGGAGAUGACCACCAAAUUGUUGAGUGGAAUAUCCAAGAGAAUGGAAUCAAGUGCAAAUGGAAAUCGGGAAAGGGCAAAAUCACAGCUCUAGUAUUGCCUCCUGAUGAAAAGACGAUCAUCUCGGCUGAUAAAAUUAUCAAAGUAUGGGAUUUGGAGAGCAAACAGGUGAUUGGGACUUUCAUUGGCCACGCCAAUCAGGUUUCAUUCCUGAAGACCAUCAAAAUUGACGAGCAUAUGAGCUAUUUGAUCAGCGGAGCUCAGGGUGAUUCUUAUCUUGGAGUGUGGUCGUUGAAUGAGCAGAAAAAGGAGAGGACAUCGAUAGCAUCCCUUACGAUGCAGGACGACCCAAUAUCGCUGUCAGUCCAGUCAUCAGAAAAUUCCCAAAUGGCAGUUCUCGCAGUGAACAGAUCAGGUCAAGCGAACUUGUUCACGUACCAGCCCAAUGGUCAAUGCACAAAACCCCUGAAGCCAACCGUGACAGUGAUGAUUGCUGCUGAUUCCAAUCAGAAAGAAUCUGUCCAGCAGAUGCCUAUCCAGUCAGCCUGCUUGACAGCAAAUGGAAAAAUGUUACUAGUUUAUGGAUCCCUAAUAAAUUUGACAUUCGAACAUCUACUGCCGGAUUUCUCGAGUAGAAUAAUGGGUCUCGUGAGGUCUGACGGUAGAAAAAUCAAGGAGAAGAAGGAGGAGGCCCUGACAAAGGUGAAGAUUGCAGAGACCGACGAGAACGUCGAAUAUUUGGUGCCAGGUGCGACCAGUGCCCCAGCGAAGAGGACGAGGGCUGGCUCACAGUUGCCUUUGAAAGACAGACUUGAGAAUCUAAGCCUAAAUUCCGAGAUGAACAUUUCAGGAAAGACUCCAUCAAAAGGAGCCAACAUGGCACAGUUGUUGCUCCAAGGGCUCAACAGCAAAGACAAGAGUAUAUUGAUGAAUGUUUUGUACAACCGAGACGAGACUAUAAUUAAAAAUACCAUUAGCAAAUUACCUGUUCAGGCGAUAUCGCCGCUACUCAGGGAGUUGACGAAUAUGCUCCAGGGAAAGACCUAUCCCAGCAAAAUAGCUGUUAAUUGGCUGAAACAUCUCAUCAUCAUGCAUGCAGCUCAUCUGCUCUCGCAUCCGGAUAUUGGCGAUGUUCUCAGUCCAAUUUUGGGACUCAUCGAUGCUAAACUGGGCAUUUUUACGGAAUUAUCGAGGCUUAGGGGCCGAGUUGCUCUCGUCACGGGACAGAUUUCACAUUUGAAUGAUGAUGAGAGUAAAAAUAUAACUGAAGAGGGGCUUCUUAUUUAUCAAGAUUCUGAUUCAUCAGAUGAAGAUACUGAUGUUGGUGAAAUGGAAGGGGAGAGUGAGUCCGACGACAACUGGGCUGAAACAUCCGAGCAAGAGGAAGAACAGGAGGAUCUCGAGAAUGGAAAAUCCGAUGAUGAUGCUUCGAUAUGCAGUUGAAUGAAAAAAUAUUCUUUUAAAAUGUCUCCACUCAGGGUCGAAAUGCAAAUUCAUGUUUACGGUUUUCUUGUGAAUCUUUAUUGCUCGUUCAUUAUUGUAGAGAAGAUCAUUCCUGAUCAGCGUUGAUGUAUCUAUACGUCUUUCAUGAACAUUUUUUUAUUGUAAAAAAUAAGAGAACAUACAAUGUACACUGUUCAACAAGAUUUUAUGAGAAAUUAAACUCUUGAUCAACAUCA